AUGUCUGCAAGCACCCUUGGCAACGCUGUCUAUUUCCCACUGUUUCUACGAUGGCUCUACGAUACCCUUGUCCUCGGCUUCUACUGUCCAUUAGCCUGGGGAUGUCCUAGAGACGUCCUCUCAGGUCACUAUAGCAAGCACAUUUCCUCCCUUGUCAAACCUAAUGCAAGACUGCUGGAUAUCGGCGUCGGCACUGGCUUUUUUAUGCAGAGGGCGCCUCUUCCUCCUGAUUCGAUACUCGUUCUGGUCGACAUCAAUCAAAACCCUCUAGCCGAGGCUCAACACCGCAUUCAACUGGCACAUCCCGACGUCAUCGUUGACACAGUUCAAGCUGACGUCUUUGUGCUUGGCGAUCGCCAUACCUCGCAACUACCUUCAUCUCUGCAUAUGGGUAGCAACGGACAGUUCGACGUCAUUUCUUAUCCAAAGUUUCUCGUGCUCGACUCAACCACACUGUUUUAUGCCAAGCACGCCACAUGA